UGCAUCACUUCCGGCCGUAGCUGCAUCCCUUCUAGCCACAACGGAGUGAUAGCGCCAGCCAUCAUCAUAAGUGCACGGGUUAACGCCUGGUUGAGCUUUGCGCUCUGGCGACAACGAAAGAGGAAUCAUGACGAGGGGAAAUCAGCGUGAACUUGCUCGUCAGAAGAAUGCAAAGAAGCAGUCUGAACACGGCAAAGGAAAAAAAAGUGAAGACGGCCUCUCUUCAGCUGCACGUAAGCAAAGAGAUGCUGAAAUCAUGCAACAAAAGCAAAAAAAGGCAAACGAGAAGGGGGAUCCUAAGGCUAAAUAACCAGAGGAGGACAUUGUGACCAACAUGCCAUUUUGACCAACAUGGCCUGAUAGUCUUUUGGUCAUGAGAAAUUAUAUUUCGUGGUGUAGAUUUGUAGACCUGGACCUGGAUUCUCUAAUGUUUCACCUCAAAGUCUAUAAUGUGUUGAAAAGGGCAUAUCACAAUACAGUGCAUAAGAAUUUUUUGUUGUUUUUUCUGUUUAUACGUGGAGAAAAAUUACAAAUAAUCAGAACAAGCCCAAAUAAAUGUCACUUUCAAAACAUCUGGACUGGCAUUGCUAUCUCAUACUUUUUAAGUGCCCUUCUUGAUAAAAUGUACAUUUUAAUUCCCACCUUGUAAUUAAAAGUCAUCUCUAAAAUGCG